GUGGAUGCUGCCGCCGCCGUUGCAUCCUCUCUGACUCUUCUCUCCUCACUCUUUGGAGAGGAGGGCGGGGGGAAUCAAACAAACCAAAACAAAACAACAGAGGUCGGAGAAAGACAAAACAAGUGGCCGCUCCAGAGUGAACCACAACAAUGAGCCCAAAAUUGAACGGAUUAGCCAAUCUAUUCUGAGCUCUAAUGGGAUUAGAGAGGCAACGCGCAGACAUGCAGGGUGGCGGCGGCGGCGUGCUACCGUUCCUUCGACUCCCCGGGGACCUCUCCCCCUGGAAAUGGCGCUGCUGUUGAUGCCAGCGGACGCGCGGCGGCGGAUGUCAGGGGGACCCCUUUCGGAGCCAUUUGCACGCACGCUCGCCGAUUCCUCGAAGUAGCGGUCCAAGGAGCCCCCCCCCCCCACCCACCCCCACUGAAGAUGAAGUACCAGAAAUACAUCACGGUGAUGCAGAUGGCUAUGGGAGUGACAGCCUCCAACAAAGACUGCCUACCCACCAAGAGACAGCUGUGGGUAACCCCGUCAGAUGGCGAGACAUCUCCCUCUGGUGCUCCCGACGCUUCGGACGGGCCUAUAGGUGCUACCGGGGGUGCGGGUGCCAUGGCCAUGCCUGCCACGUCCACCCUCUCCCUGCCCAUGAGCCAGGGGAAACCUUCCUUGCGUCGAAUCAAAGGCCGCAUUCACCGCAGCAAGAGCCUAGACAGCAUGGAUCUGCUGGACGCCAACAGUGCAGCGAUGGAAGAAACGGUCAUAUGGGAACAGCACACAGUCACCCUUCACAGGGCUCCUGGAUUCGGGUUUGGUAUUGCCAUCUCAGGUGGGAGAGACAACCCACACUUUCAAAGCGGGGAGACGUCGAUUGUGAUAUCGGAUGUUCUAAAAGGAGGUCCGGCAGAGGGACUGCUGCAAGAAAAUGACCGCGUGGUGAUGGUCAAUGCCGUGUCCAUGGACAAUGUGGAGCAUGCCUACGCCGUGCAACAACUCCGCAAGAGCGGCAAAAAUGCAAAGAUAACUAUUCGUAGGAAAAGGAAAGUACAGAUCCCCGUCUCUCGGCCGGGGGACAGAGAGACGAUGUCGGAGCACGAAGAAGAAGACAGCGACGAGGAAGACGGCUACGAGCAUCGCAGUGGUCGUGCCGGACAAAGUGCCUACGGCGGAGCGAGCGCGAGCGGAGGCACGAGCAGCGGCCGACGACGUGACCGUGAACGCAGCAGCAGCGGUAGACGGGAUCACAGUGCCUCGCGGGAAAGGAGCGUGUCGCCGCGCUCCGAUCGGCGUUCGCAAGCCUCUUCCGCUCCCACCAGGCCUUCCAAAGUCACACUCGUCAAGUCGCGGAAAAAUGAAGCAGAAUACGGACUGCGGUUAGCGAGCCAUAUCUUUGUGAAGGACAUCUCUCCCGAGAGCCUUGCUGCCAGAGACGGGAACAUCCAGGAGGGAGAUGUUGUUUUGAAGAUCAAUGGCACAGUUACUGAGAACCUAUCAUUGAUAGAUGCCAAGAAGCUGAUUGAGAGAUCAAAGGGCAAGUUAAAGAUGGUUGUGCAGAGAGACGACCGCGCCACGCUGCUCAACAUUCCCGACUUGGAUGACAGCAUUCCAUCGGCCAAUAACUCCGACAGAGAUGACAUUUCGGAAAUACAUUCGUUGACAUCGGACCAUUCCAAUCGCUCCCUCGGCCGGGGGCGAUCACGCUCACCUGACAAGAACGAGGCAUCCGAUCAUCUCCGGCUAUCGCCUCGGCAGAUCACCAACGGCAGCCAUCGAAGUCGAGACGAGGAGCGCUCCAAGCCGGGAGCGAUGUCCACGCCGGUCAAAAGUUCUGAUGACGGCGUCUUGUCUCAGGCUAGCGAUCAAGCCAGCUCCAGAGACGACAAACAGUUACCUCCACUGCCUGAACCAAAGCCUGUGUACGCACAGCCUGGCCAGCCGGACGUGGACCUGCCAGUCAGCCCCUCUGAUGCACCUGUGCCCAGCGCCGCUCACGAUGACAGUAUCCUCAGACCGAGUAUGAAGCUCGUCAAGUUCAAAAAGGGAGAGAGUGUCGGUCUUCGCCUCGCCGGGGGCAACGACGUGGGGAUAUUUGUAGCGGGGGUUCUGGAGGACAGUCCUGCAGCCAAGGAGGGGCUCGAAGAAGGGGACCAGAUUCUCAGGGUGAACAAUGUGGACUUUGCCAACAUUAUCCGGGAGGAGGCGGUGCUAUUCCUGCUUGAUUUGCCGAGAGGAGAGGAAGUUACAAUCCUCGCUCAGAAGAAGAAAGAUGUGUACCGCAGAAUAGUGGAAUCGGACGUCGGCGACUCCUUCUACAUCCGCACACAUUUUGAAUACGAGAAAGAGUCGCCGUAUGGAUUGAGCUUCAACAAGGGCGAGGUGUUCCGUGUGGUGGACACGCUCUACAACGGCAAGCUAGGCUCCUGGCUUGCUAUCCGCAUCGGGAAGAACCAUCAGGAAGUGGAGAGGGGCAUCAUCCCUAACAAGAACAGGGCUGAGCAGCUGUCCAGUGUGCAGUACACCCUCCCCAAAACACCAGGGGGCGACAGAGCGGAUUUCUGGCGCUUCCGUGGCCUGCGAAGCUCAAAGAGGAAUUUGCGAAAGAGCAGGGAGGACCUGUCGGCACAACCGGUUCAGACCAAGUUCCCCGCCUACGAGAGGGUGGUGCUGAGGGAAGCUGGGUUCCUGAGGCCCGUGGUCAUCUUUGGACCCAUAGCAGACGUGGCGAGAGAAAAACUGGCACGAGAGGAGCCGGAUAUUUUCGAACUGGCAAAAACACAGCAACAACAAGGAGGGGAAAAAAGCGAGCCGCGGGAUGCUGGAAGUGAUCAAAAAAGCUCUGGCAUCAUUCGCCUGCACACCAUCAAGCAGAUCAUCGACCGGGACAAACAUGCAGUAUUGGACAUCACCCCAAAUGCAGUGGACCGUUUGAACUACGCCCAGUGGUAUCCCAUCGUAGUGUUCCUCAACCCAGACACAAAGCAAGGCGUCAAGAACAUGAGGACCAGACUCUGCCCCGAGUCUCGGAAGAGUGCCCGGAAACUGUAUGAACGAGCCCUGAAACUGAGGAAGAACAACCACCAUCUUUUCACCACAACUAUUAACUUGAACAACAUGAACGAUGGCUGGUUUGGAGCACUGAAGGAAACAAUCCAGCAGCAGCAAAACCAGCUGGUGUGGGUUUCAGAGGGCAAGGCUGAUGGGGCAGCGGAGGAUGAUCUGGACAUCCACGACGACCGCCUGUCCUACCUGUCGGCGCCGGGCAGCGAGUAUUCCAUGUACAGCACCGACAGCCGCCACACCUCUGACUACGAGGACACGGACACGGAGGGCGGAGCCUACACCGACCAGGAGCUGGACGAAACGCUUAACGACGACGUGGGUCCGCCCGCCGAGCCCGCCAUCACCCGUUCGUCCGAGCCCGUCCGCGACGACCCGCCCGUCAUCCAGGAACCGCCGGGCUACGCUGGCUACCCGCACGCGCUGCAGUCGGCGGACCCGCUGAACCGCAUCGACCCGGCUGGUUUCAAAGCUGCGGCGCCUCAGCAGAAAGCAGAAGCCACUGCCGCCCCUAGCAACCCUCAGCAGACUGAGACAGUGACCCCUGCUGUAAAAACUGUAGGGGGCCCGAGCCCCGCCGAGGCUCCCGGAGCUCUCCGAGCCAGCCAACCGAGCCCCGACCCCGAGGUUGGCUCACUAAAGAGACCCCGGCCUGAGCUAGCCACUCAGAGUGUCGCGUCCGAACCCCGAGAAUCUGGACUGGCCGGUUCAGAACCAAAGAUGUUUCCGAAAGAUCCGUACAGCCCGGACGGCACCGGGAGACCCGGUCCCGCCACAAAAGCCGGCAAUUACAACCCCCAGCAGGGCUACCACCCUGACCAGCAGCCGUACAGAGAUUAUGACCACCCGCCCAAUCGCUACGACGGCGGUUACCCGGAACCAAAGUACCGCGAUUACGACUCCCAGCCGCCCUUUGAGAACAACGAGCCUCAUUAUGACCAGCAACAGUGGAGCCCCUACGGCCAGACGCACGCCACUGCCAACUCCCAGGGUUACAACCCCCGACUGCCAUACAGCGACGGCCUCGACUCUCAGUACGCCCCUCCGCUCCGCUACGACGACGCUCCACCUCAGCAGGGAUUUGACGGGCGGCCUCGUUACGGUAAACCCACGUCGUCGGGACCCGCACGCUACGAUGAUCUUCCACCCUUGUCCCCCGGACACGACAUGCACUACAACCAGGAUUCUCACUUAACGUCGUACCCUUCCGCCACCCGUUCGCCCGGCGGCCAGCGUCCGGCGUACAACCACGGCCCCACGCAACAACAGAAAGGCUACAAACCUCAGCAGUACGACGCCGUUCCCGUCAACUCCCACACCGGCGCCGCGCCCGCUUCCAAAACGGAUGCAACCUCGCCUUCCCCCGUGGACGCUCCGAAGCCCGACACUGCCAGAAACGAGGAUGACCCCGCCAUGCGGCCGCAGUCGGUCCUGACGAGGGUGACGAUGUUUGAGAACAAGCGCUCCGUGUCCGUGGACCGUGCCAGAGAUGUGGGGGAUUUAUCCGGGAACAGGGGAACAGAUUUACCCCUGAAAGCCGGGGGAAUCAUCCCAAAAGCUAAUUCUUUGAGCAACCUGGACUCGGAAAAGAGCUACAAUAGAGUCCCCGAGCCUCAGAAGCCUCAGUCCAAAGUGGCUGACGACAUCGUGCGUUCCAACCAUUACGACCCCGAUGAGGACGAGGACUACUACAGGAAGCAGCUCUCUUACUUUGACAGGCUCCAGACUGGCCCCGCAAAACCUCAAGCUCAAGCACAAACAGCGCACAACAUCUCCAGAACGGAAUCCGUGGAGAAACCGAGUCCGGCGGAGAAACGAUAUGAGCCGGUUCCCCAGCUGACCCCCUCCCUGCCACCAGCCACACUGCCCAAGCCCUCAAGCGAAGCCAAGCCCGACACUGUCCAGAGCAACUUCCUGCCUCACAAGAACUUUGCCGAGAAGUCUCCGGUUAACGGCACCAGCGAACAGCCUCCGAAAACCGUCACCAGCAGCGGCGCUCCACCAGCAUCUAGCUACAACCGCUACGUGCCCAAACCGUACACCACCUCUGCCAGGCCGUUCGAGCGCAAGUUCGACAGUCCCAAAUUCAACCACAACCUUCUGCCCAAUGACAAAGCAGAUGUGGCCGCAAAGAGUGGCAGCCCAGUCAAGCCCCCCCAGACCCACAACACGGACCACGACAGCGGCCUGGACACGUUCACGCGUACGAUGGACAAUCGCUCCAAGUACCAGCACAACAGCAUCAACGCCGUUCCCAAAGCCAUCCCGGUCAGCCCGAGCGCCCUGGAGGAUGACGAGGAAGAAGAUGAGGGCCACACGGUGGUGGCGACGGCUCGGGGCAUCUUCAACUGCAACGGCGGGGUCCUGAGCUCCAUCGAGACGGGGGUCAGCAUCAUCAUCCCGCAGGGCGCCAUCCCCGAAGGCGUGGAGCAGGAGAUCUACUUCAAGGUCUGCCGGGACAACAGCAUCCUGCCUCCGCUUGACAAGGAGAAAGGGGAGACUCUGCUGAGCCCACUGGUGAUGUGUGGACCUCACGGCCUCAAGUUUUUGAAGCCCGUGGAGCUACGCUUACCUCACUGUGCGUCAAUGACCCCUGAUGGUUGGUCUUUUGCUCUAAAAUCCUCCGACUCCUCGUCGGGUGACCCCAAAAGCUGGCAGAACAAGUCCCUACCGGGGGACCCAAACUACAUGGUGGGGGCCAACUGCGUUUCUGUUCUCAUCGACCACUUUUAAGCCGACGGGUGCGACGGGGGGGCUGAAGAAGAUCCCAUGCACUGAAGAUGUAAAUGCCCCCCCCCCCCCCCCCCAAAAAAAAAUGAAGUCUUGAUGUGAAAUGAAACCACCGAUGCAUGCUAUGCUAACCCCCCUGAUUAUAUAUAGUAUAUAUAUGAUUAUAUACUAGUAUAUAUACUCUCACAACAAAGUUUUUACGUGAGCGGCGUCAGCAGCCGCCAUGUUUUCCCAGCGUAUUUAUGCUAUAUAUAUGCAUACGGUAUAUAUAGUUUAGAGAGAAAAAAAAAAACACGUAUAUGAAGAAUUUUUUUACUCCUCGGUUCUCUCGCUAUUUGUCAGUUGGGGUGACUGAAUAUAAACGCUAGGCAAAUAUUCUUUCCACUUCCUGUACUUGCGCCUUGUCUCCAAGCCAGAUCUACGUAGCUUGACUUCUUCUUCUCUGUCCUCCUCCUCCUCCUCCCGGGGGGGGGCCGAGGGAGAUCUAUGCAUGUUCUUCUACUCAGGUCUACAACGGCCUACUCCGUUUGCUUCCUCACGUUUUUACUCUGGCGUCGUCGGUUUUUUUUUUUUUUGCACUUUUGCAUUCACACAUAAUAAGCAGUGAUGCCUUAUCUGAAUUAUUCACGUUUAUUUUUUUUUUUUCAUAAAACAAUAAUUUAUAAUAUAACUUGUGUAGUGUGGUUUUUGUAGUCAAUUCGGUCGUCUCGGCAAAUACGGCGGCGUUCAAACGGGGAUAACGUGUGUAGGUUCCUAUGCAUUACUUCAUAUAAAAAAAACACCCACAGAAGAAGAAGAAGAAGAAGAAGACAGGCUGUAAAUAAAUAAAUACAUAAAUAAAUAAAUAAAGCUAGCGUAUUGCCUUGGUUCUUUUAUUUGUAAAUGAACUUUUGUUUUUUUAAGUAUUUCUUUUUGUAUAAAACCUAGCAAAAACGUGUUUUUGGGGGGGGAAAAAAAGUGGACGAGCGACAAAAGACGCGUGCUUAUCUUUGUACCUUGGAACCUGACAAUACUACAUCACAGCUUUUUCUACCGACGCAUUCACACACACAAACGGUUACUGUCUUUUUAAGGAUUUUGUCAAGUGCUCGGGGCUGAAAUACAUGGACAAAUGUGUUCUUUUACAAGUGUGUGCUCCCCCCGGAAUAUACCCCCCCCCCACCUCACUGACUUGUGAUACUGAAUGCUGUACUGUGUGCCCUUAAAUGUAUUUUUGUACUAAUCGAUCAUAAUUCAUGUCUGGCACACCAGAACCAUUUUAUUAUUUUUUUUUUUUUUUUUUUAGACUUAACACAGCUUUCAUUGGUUAUUAUUAGCUCUUCACGUGUGGCUGAGUUGUUUUUUUUUCUCUCCCCUCCUCUGCAACACAAUUUUAAGCAUACCACUGUAUUAAUAAAUAAACAUUUUUUUAAAGUAA